CCUUAGACUUUUAAAGGGUCUAAUAAGUCAUGCCCAUUUCUUUGGUCAAUUAUCUCUCAGAUUCAAAGCUAAAUAAAUAUCAUAUCAUAUCAAGCCUUGCUGAUUUGAAAAGGCAAAGUGUGUUCUCAUGAUCAUUUAUCUUUAAAGAUUGAUGAGUGCAAGAACACCUUAUUGUUGUCAGUUAGUUUUUGAUCUUACAAGCUUGAAAAAUUGAAGAACGAUGGUGGAAGAUGGUGAAUGUGAUAGUUUAGACUUGAAUGAUCACAUGUAUUGCAGGAAAAUUGAAGAUGAUGAUGAUGGAACUAAAACGAAAUCGAGUGAGAGCUCAGGGAAUAACAGCACGGUGGAUCAACAAGAGGGUGAGAAGACAUCUACUGGAGUUAGACAAUAUGUUAGAUCCAAGAUGCCUAGAUUGAGAUGGACUCCUGAACUUCAUCACAUAUUUGUUCGAGCCGUCGAACGACUUGGUGGUCAAGAAAGAGCAACUCCUAAACUUGUGUUACAACUUAUGAACAUAAAGGGUUUGAACAUUGCUCAUGUGAAAAGCCAUCUACAGAUGUAUAGAAGCAGGAGGAUAGAUGAUCAAGGCCAAGUAAUAAAUGAGGGAGACUACUAUACUAUGAGAAACAACCAUGUUCACACUUUAUGGCAACUUCCCAUGUUCAAUCCAAGAUCAUAUAGUCUUAAUCCAAGUAGUCACAUGGCACGCUUGAUAUCCAGAAACAACAUGAAUACUAGAAUGACAGAUCAUGGCUUGAUCAAUGAUAAUGGAUCUUACUAUACUAGCAAGAUCUUGAACUCAUCUGUGGAUGAACAAAAUUACAAGAUUGCCCAUCAUGAGUUUGAAGAUAAUAAAGCAAGCUUGAUGCAACCAUGGGUAAUCAAACAAGCCUUAAACAACACAAGGUCAACUCUUGUAGACUAUCAACUCAUGAAUAGUCAAAGAUUUGAUCAUAACCCACCUGAAACAAAGAAGAGAAAAGCAAUAGACAAUGGUCUUGAUUUGAAUCUAUCAUUAAGCAUCAAUGUAAGAUCACUAGAAGAUGAAGAAGUAGACAACUCGUUGUCUCUUUCUUUAUUUCCUUCUUCCCCAAAGAAGAAGAAGAAACAUUUUAGCUGGUUAGAAGAUGGUGAACUUGCAAGGAAUCCAAGAUGGGCGAGUACUCUAGAUCUGACUAUAUGAAUUCUAGAUCGAAUUCUAGUGAGAUGUUGUUGGUACUCGCUUACAUUGUAGGGUUUUUAGGGUCAUUUUGAUGAUAAUUAUUGCUAUUUAUAAGCACUUAUUACUAUAUUAGUUCGUACCCAGUUCAUGAACUCAUCGUAUUUCUUGAUGUUUGUAUGAAAAUGAUGAUUUAUCUUUUAUUUUCUUUGAAAUCAUAGUUCAAGUUUCUACUUUCA